CCGAAGCGAGUCUUGCCACAGUUGUCUCGCCGAGAGCCAUGCUCUCGAGGGCUCCGCGCGCGAUGCGCGGCCUCGCGCUGGGCGCGCGCAUGAUGAGCAAGCCCUCCGUCGCCGUCCUCGGCUCCGGCCCCACCGCCGCCGCCGCCAAGGCUGCCGUCGGCGAGUGGGCGACCGUCACCGACUCGGCAAACUCGGCGCCGUACGUGCUGGUGGUGGACGGCGCGCCGGGGUCGGUCAAGGCGGACGCGGUGGUUGCGGUGCCCACGUGCGCCGACGCCGCCAAGCUCGCCGCCGCCGUCCCCACCGCCAAGGUGGUUGCAGUCACCGCGGCGCCGGCGGUCGCCGCCGCGGCGGAGCUCGCAUCAAAGGCGGGCGUGGCGACGUCAGAGGCCCCCCUCCCUCUCUCGAAUCGAUGUCGGGGUGAUCGGGUCCGAGGUGACCAGUGCAUCUCGAAUGCGCUCGCCCUCGGCACUGACGGCGCCUGCGUGAGCAUGGGCGUGCCCGCCGUCGGCGAUUUCGGCACCGGCACCGGCGUCUACUACUCGGUGCCCGUCGUCUGCACGCCCGGCGACUACAAGCGCGUCGGCGGCAUCACCCUCUCCCCGCCCGUCGCGGCGGCCAUGGAGGCGUCUCGCGCCUCCCUCGCCGGCGCCUGAGCAGCCGGCUAGCGACCGCGGGGCGCCAGGCGGCGGGCGCGGAUUGCAGGCGGGCACACACCGCCGUAUCGCCGCGCGCAGCGGCGGAGGCGACGGCCGGCGCGGGCCAUUUGUGGAGUGGGGUGCAGCCAGCGCGCUGGCUGCCGCGGCGGGGAGGAGAGGAGUUCUAGAGAGAGAUGCCGAGGGAGCGCGCAUAAACGCGGUGACAAACGGGUCGGUCCUCGAGCACGACGGUGUGGUCUGUGCAUCGUUAACAAGUUUUCGUUUACGCACAAAACCAUGUCUGCUGGAA